UGCAAGGGAAGAUAACUCUGAUCAUUGUUCAAUACCACCAGAUGGCAUAAAGUAGCCCGUCCAAGAUGUCUGCCAAAGGAAAAUAUCAAUAUUUUGAUUGAAUUAAACCGGUAAAAUUGUCGAAAUGGACCUAAAGCAAAGACUGAAGUCUCUGAUAGGGCGACAGGAGAUUGUUACUUCUCCAAUAGAAGACAACAUCAGCUCAGAGUCAUUCAAGCAAGAGCCUGCUGUUGCAAAGUUUAAGCCAGAAUACCGUAGCAACCCUCAUGAAGAUCAGGAGCUUGUGGCAGCCAUAGAGCAGGCCUACUACAAGGAUGAGACCUUUGACACGAGUGACUUUGAACUGCAGAAACUUCCAGAAGUUAUUGAUCUGUCUAAGGUUGACGAAGACAGAAUUCGUCUGAGAAAACAACUACAAGCUGUUUCAAAGAAAGUGUCGGAGUUGAUCCUCCAGAAGCAGCCAGCAUAUGCAGCGGAGUUGCAGAGGGUGAUGGAGCUGCAGAAGACACUGCAGCUGGCGGGGGUCAUCUGCAGCACUGGGCGCAAGCAACUGUUCCAUGCUCGGGAGAGUUUCACCACUGCCAGUCUGGGGCUGCUCGCUAACUACAGGAAGAGACAGCAACUCUGGGGAUUGCUCAAGUCACUGCACACAAUAAAAACACUGCAAAGAACAGAUUUGAGAUUGAGAGAAAUGAUGGAGGAGGAGGAUUACAGUGGGGCUAUACAACUAUGUCUGGAGUGUCAGAAGGCAGCCAGUACAUUCAGGCACUACCGUUGUAUCAGUGAGUUGAGUUCCAAACUCCAGGACACACUGGAGAUGAUUGAGGAACAGCUGGAUGUGGCGCUGUCUAAGACUUGCUCCAGCUUUGAUGUCACCCACUAUGAGAAGGUGCAGAUGGCAUACAGACUGCUGGGCAAGACACAGACUGCCAUGGACCAGCUACACAUGCACUUCGCCAGUGCUAUCCACAACACAGCAUUCACUGUGGUGCUGGGAUAUGUGGAGUUGUGCUCAGGCACCGGCACCACCAACUUCCAGAAGAGGCAGUACUCAGACCUGUGCAAGCACAUAACAACAGAGACUUUCACACCAUGUCUUGUGGACCUUUGCAAGGCAUUGUGGGGAGUGAUGAAGAGCUACUACAAAACCAUGCAGUGGCAUGAGAGCCAUGACCAAGACAUGGCUACUGAACACACCGGUGAGACUGGUGGCAGCAGUGUGGAAGCUACAUUCAACCGGCGCUAUGUGAUGCAGAAGUUGGAGUACGGCCGAGGCCGUGUCUGGCAAGAUGUCCAACAGAAGGUGAAGACUUUCAUCCUUGGUACUGACCUCUCUGUCUUCAAGCUCGAGGAGUUCAUCAAAGUCCUUGACAUCAUCAAUAGGAUGAUAGAGAUUGGGGAAGAGUUUUGUGACAGCAAGUCUGAGGGUCUGCAAGAUUCCCUCAAACAGCAGAGUCUCAACUACUUCAGAAAUCAUCAUAGGGCCCGUCUUGACGAACUGAGGAUGUUUCUGGAAAAUGAAGGCUGGGAAUUGUGUCCUGUGAAGUCCAAUUUUAACAUUCUUCAGCUUCUGGAAUUUCGGUUCUUACGUAACUGGAAGUUGAAGAUGAAGUCUGUAACACCUUCAGUGGAUGUGGACAAGGUGUCUGGGUUAGACAGAAUCAACGACACAACACUACAGAGCAAUGGCUACUUCUCACGCUUCCUGGAGGAAGGAAGUCCAUUUGACAUACAACAGGAUGAGGAUGAGCAGGAAGAUGUCUUCUCAAGUGUUGGGGAGAAGGAUGACGAUGGCUACAGAGAUUCCGAUAGCGACUCUGAUGUAGCAGAUGAACUGAAGCAGGAUUACAUCGAUGAGCUGACAGGAGAGACCAGGUCCCACAGAUAUACACGUCAACGGUCAAAUCAUGGGAGGAAGCAGAAACAUUCACCGAUCAUCAGCAACACAACGCUCAACGUCCUGCGGGUUAUAGGUAAAUAUCUACAGAUGAUGGCAGUGUUGAAACCCAUUGCUUAUGAUGUGAUCAGUUGCACAGCUCAACUUUUUGAUUACAUACUCUAUACUGUAUAUACAUUCUUUGGAUCUGACACGAAUGUGUCCUAUGACAGGACGGUCAACAACCGUUUGAGAACAACCCUACAUCGAAUACAUGAGAGGAUGAUAGCUGGGUCAAACGUACCAGGGAACAUGGCCGGCGAGGCUGAGGAUAGCAUGGACAAAAUCCUGCCAGCCUCCAUGUCUACAAUAGUUGACCUACGGUCCAGGGACCGAUUAUAUGGACUGUCGGAGAGAGUCAUAGCAGCAGAGUCACUUGUGUUCCUUGGAGAGCAGCUGGAGUUUCUGCAACCAUUCCUGGAGGACAUGAUCCCACCAAACAAGAAAGCAUUCUUACAACAGUUUUAUUCUCAGACCGUGAAGAUGGCAGCAGAGUUACGGAAGCCUAUCUACAAGGCUGUGGCAGUGCAUGCCAUAGACUACGAGUUUGUCCUGCAACAGAUGAGCAAUGUGCGGUGGGACGUGAAGGAGAUCAUGUCACAACACAACAACUAUGUUGAUCAUCUACUCGCGAGCCUGGUAGAAUUUCACAAGAAGCUGAUUGAAGCUGACCGCCGCGUACCCAUACCUAAAGUGGUGAUGGAUCUGCUAUGGGAACACUGUGUCCGACUCUGCAACAGGACAUUUGUGGAUGGGUACGCUAAUGCCAGGAAGUGCAGCAAUGAGGGCCGGGCUCUGAUGCAACUCGACUUCCAGCAGUUUGUCACCAGGCUCGACAGAAUCACAGACAUCAAGCCAAUACCGGAGAGGGAGUUUGUGGAGACAUACAUCAAGGCAUACUACCUCCCUGAGAGCCAGCUGGAGACAUGGCUUCAGGAUCACAAGGAAUACUCGAACAAGCAGCUCCUGGCUCUCAUCAGCUCUGUGGACCACAUCAGUAAGAAGGCCAGACAAAGAUUGACUACUGUGGUGGAGGACAUGGACCGUGUCCGCAGGUAGCACUGACCACCACCUCCAGCAGGACAGAUGUGACCAACUGACCACCAUUCCACUGCCUGUCCCUUGACCAGCUCGCAGCAGCAUGUAUUGCAACUUUCCAUAGUCAGACAGUGUCACAAACACAUAGUUCAUAUAUGCUAUUUAUCUGGUGAUUGAUGUGUACCAAAGACACAAGACAUUUUAAGUCUAUAUAAUUUGCUUCUGUAUGGAUUGAAUGUUGAGUUUAAUGAUCAAGUGAAGUUGUGUUGUGUAAAACUGGCUGAAACAGGCAGUUUUUGACUCGAUUUCCAGUGUGUACACAGUGCAUGAGGUGUCUUGUCACAGAAGUUGAAGCAGUUUCAUCUAUAUAUGAACAGAUAUCCCGAUACACUGGCAUUCACAGCUUUACCCUUGUUAAUGAACUAUCCAAGAUACAUUUUGUUUAUGGUAUUUUAGCAUUACUCUGAAACCUGAGGAACAAUUUGGGUUUUCUUGUUUUCAAAUAAUGCCUGAUUCAUUAAGAAAAUCUCUCAAGAUGUUUCCACAAGACAUGCUCAAGGUGUGUGUUUAUCAGUUCAUGUUGAGCUCCUUGUAUCAUUCUGCUUAGAGUCAAUAAAAGGGCUUUGAGAUUUGGGUGAGGGUAGUGCUUGCAAGUGAAAGUUAUCACUUGUUGUUUUGUGGACCAACAUUCCAUGCUGCAUCAUUCAGGAGGUCAUCUGUACUUAUGUCCCUCCAUAAACCUGCAAUGUUUUAUGCCAUUUGCCAUCUAAGGAUUUGAGGUCAGUAGACAAUCCAUUUGGGUGUGGCAGUAGAGAAUAACAUAUCGGCAAUCAGUUGCACCCCUCAGAUGCAGCGAUUGAGAAGCCUUUCAAACGUGAUAGUCAGCAAAACAACAAAGUUUCUCCUUAAUUUCAGCAAAUGGCUACAAAACAUUCCAGGAACAUGGAUACUGCAUGCACUGAAUUCAACUUGCUGGACAGUGGCUGAAAUACAGCUGAUGACAGCAGCAGCAGAAACGAGCUCCUAUUCAGUUAGUGGUGUUGUGUGCAGUCAUGUUCCUGUCUGCAGAAUGGAAACUGCAUAUUAAAGAGACACUGACAGGAAACUCUACCUGUGUAAUGACAUGCUGUGAAAAAUAUGAAAUGUUAUGAUUGAAACAUGUUCAUUGCAAGAGAUUUAUUUUGCAGUUUCUUCUCAGGUUGCAGAAGAUGUUUUUAAUCAGGGAAUCAUUCACUUUCCACCUUCUCAUCAUUUUGAUCCACCCAGUGGAUGAACUGUCCCCGGCCCGGGGAAUUAUGCAAUCUUGUGAACUAUGUUCAUGAUAGAACAAAGAAAUGUGUAUUCAUGAUGUAUCUGAACAAUUAGAACUUUUAUGAAACAAGAAGACAUGCUCAUUCCAGUGAAACAGACUGAGCUGUGGUCACAUCUGCAGUUGGAGAGAAAGGGUGCUUGUGUUGUUGGAACAGUCAUGACAAGAGGGGCUCCCCUGCUUAGGUCAGAGUUGUACUGGGAAUACGUCACUGAUUAUUAAGAACAAGAGGAGGAUGUCACAGGAAAGAUAUGUUCAUGUGAUGAUUUUCUUCAAUGGUUGAUGCUGAAUAAGCAAACUGAAACUCGGCUGAAUAUAUUGUAAUUUCUUUUGGCCCAUACUAAAAAUACUUUGCAAAUAUCUUCUCCUCUGAUAUUAAGUUGCAAGUCCAAAUGCUUGGGAAUAAUUCAUGAAGAGAAGUUCUGGUAUUCUGAAUGUCAAAAGAGUUAAUCAACAGAGAUGAAAUUAUUCAGUUUAUGUAUAAAAUAACAUGAAAGUUAGGUCAACAGCUGUGGAAACUGUGGUGUGUUUGAUGACAGUUGGCACCCAUGGUGUGACAUCAGAAUACUAAUGAAAUGCUUUCUAAAUGCUUCCCAAUAACUGAACUAAUCAAAUUAUGCAAAUCCUGCAAUAGCAACUCUAAUAGGACCUACAGGGGUAGCCCACUGAAUACUUAGUCAUUGCCGCCACCUUUAUUCCCACUUGGGUCACAAUGAGUUGUCCCGCAUGAUUCACAUAAAUAGUAAGAUUAUGAACAUUUCUGACAGUUGGUUGUAGAUUAAAGAGGAAAAUAUGUUCCUUGGUACUAAUCAUACAAGCUAGUUCAACCACUUGCUUCAUUGUAAUGAAGGUGGUUGUUGUCAUGAUGAUGUAAGGGGGUGGCAGUACUCCAUGAUGGUGCAGCACCAACACAGGUGUUUCCACACAUCAGUUCGGAUCAGGGCAUGGAGAUGGCAUGGCUCAUUGAUGUCAAUGUAAUUCUAAUUCCGCUGAAGGCUGUAUGUGUAAUCAUGUUUCAAUCAUUGUCUGAAUGUGUAAUCAGAGUGUUGGCGACCAUUCCAUUGGGGGGUCCUCAUGAUAAAGUAUUUAAUGUUAGUAUGAAGUGUCUUAUGAUUUUGUGCUGUAUAUAUUGUGAGUAUGUUGAUGUCCAGAUGCACAGUGUAGGUUUGAGGGAGAUGUGUGCUAAUGCUGUUCUACUCAUUCUACGACUAAAACUAAAGGAAAGCGGGAAUACGACUGUGAUGGUGUAUGGAAGAUCCUGUGUAUUUCAUUAACACAUGUAUUGUUUGUCAGUUUCAACUGGCAGUUAUCGUACCUAAUAGCUUAAGCCAAGAUUCCUAAAAAAUAUGACUGGAUAGGAAGACACUUUCCCAUGUUACUGUGACAUUUUGGAAGUGAAAUAGAAUUGUUUUCCCAUUCCCAUUGCAGUAUAGAAGCUCAUUAAUUUAAUUGAUGGGUAGUUUGCUUGCAAGACAUCACACAUGCAUUAGUAACCUAUGGUAACAUAUUCACAACAGGUAUGUGUGAGGCUUGUAGUAAGAUGCAAUGUUUCCUUAUUUCCCUUGGUACAUUGAGAAUAAUGCAUACAAGAUAUCAAAAUAGCAAUAAGAAGCUCUGUAUCAACAGCACACAGACUGUUACAAGUAUUAAGCACUGGAAACUGGAUAUGCAGUUAUGCGGGGGACAAACAAAAUCUCAUCUCCUUUCACAUUCAUGCUGCCAACAGUUGAAUGGAAGCAGCAUGUUUUCGAAGUUUACUGAAGGACAUUUCAUGGUGUUGUGGAAGGAAUAUGUAACACAUUAUUCUGUUAGAAGAUCUGCCAAUACUUAGCUUGUCUUGUUCCUUGGACUAGAAGAAGAUUUUCAGCUUGUUGGUGACAGUAGAUGAGGAGUCUGAACACAAUUUGUUGUAUUUACUUUAGUGAAGUAAUUUGGUUGUAAUAAACAUAUUGACUCAAAAAAACUGUACAGGUAGCCAUGGUAGCUACAUUGUUAUAGUAUUUCAGUGAAUACUUGUCCAAACAUAUCUUACCAAUUGUAAAUUAACAUGUUAUUAUACUAUAUUGAGUUUUUAUUUAUGCAAAAUGUAUAUACAAAUAAAUACAGGAAAUAUU